CACACAGAGACACACACACACACACACACACACAUUAACCUCCCCUCUCUCUCCCCCCCUCCAGGUGUCGCCCUCCAGUAAAAGGCGGAGUCAGACCCUCCAGCCAAUCAUUGAAGGUGAAACCGCUCACUUCUGGGAGGAGAUCAAAGAGGAGGACGAGGACGAGGGGAAAGAAAAAGAAGGAGGAGGAGGAGGAGGAGGAGGAGACCAACAGGAGAGGAAGGAGGAGAGGGAGGAGGAGGAAGACGAGGAGGAGGAGGAAGAAGAGGAGGGAGAGAGCAGCGGCGGGGAGAUGCAGAGCUCCGAGGUCAUCAUGGCCGUCGACAUCGUGACCCCGACUGACGGGUCGAUGAGGAGCCAGAACCAAUCAGACAGAGCCAAGAUGGAGGAGGGGUCCGGGAGGCUGGCACUGGACCUGCGGCUGUCCAGCUCCAACGCCUCGUCCAUGCCAGAGCCUGAACAGCUGUGGAAGGCCAGAGCAGAGAAGAAGAAGCUGAGGAAGACCAUCCGAGAGUUUGAGGAAGAUUUUUACCAGCGAAACGGAAGGAAUGUCCAGAAGGAGGACCGGGUCCCGAAGCUGGAGGAGUACAGAGAGUACAAGAGGAUCAAGGCCAAACUCCGCCUCCUGGAGGUUCUGAUCAGCAAACAGGAUUCCUCCAAAUCCAUCUAGACCCCCCCCCCCCCCCCCCCCUCAGAGACCGACCGUCACUGCCGCGAGGACCCGCCCUCUUCAGUCCGUCAGACGUCACAUCACAAACCACGGGGCGCUCAGCAUCCCUCGACGUCUCAUCAAGACGAGCGGAGGACGCCCACUCGGACUUCAACACGUGCUGCAUUCAUGUCGGGGAGGAAACAGUCUUUGACCUCGACCUGCAGUUUGACUUUGAUUCAUGACUCAGACGUUCUUUCUGACCAGGAGAAGACGAAGCAACGAGUGAGUCAGUAAAAAAACAAACAGCUCUACGUCGUCGUCUCACGACAUCAAGUACAGACGACCUUUGAUUUUAAUCAUCGCUCUAAUUUGAUAAAUUAUGUGAUCAGACAUGUCAAAGAAAUGUUUGAGCUGCUUUUGGACGGAUCGGGCCGCUCUUUAAAAAGUGAUAAGCGUUAGACGUGCAUUUUUACAACUUUUUCCCCGUGUCAUGAAUGCAGCACCAACACCAGUUCACCUUCUAGAAUCACGCCUGUCUGCCACAGCUGCUCACCGCUGCCUCGUCUGACUUCAUUUAAAAAAGAAAACACAUGAAGAAGAAAAGGAAUCAUCGUCUUCACCUGAACUGUGUUUGUGUUCAUCGCCGCCGUCGUGGUCGGACACUCCGCUCACGACUCGUCGACUUCUGAGAAGAAAACGACCAAACUUUCAGAAACUUUUCUUUUGUUGUUGUUCUGUUUUUAUUUUUUCUUUCACUCUGAGGAAUUUCAUUGGACAGCUCGAGGACUGGCAUUUCAGACACUCUUCAAGACUUUUCUUUUUCUUCUAGUUUGGCGUCCACGUCCGCCUCACUCAAGGGAGUCGACAUUUCUUAAAGUGACGUCUUCGGUGCGAGGCGACUCGUCCCGGAUGUUUUCACCUUCUGACUGAUUUUAAAAACUCAUUCACCUUUUUUCAAAAACAAGUUCAUGUGGUUAUUGUUCAGGUGUACACACACACACA